AUGGCAGAUCUGACCAUCUAUACAGUAGGCUGGAUCUGCACCAUCGAAGCCGAGCUCAACGCAGCCGUCUUGUUCCUAGAUGAUGAGCAUGAUCCUCCGGAGGAUCUGCACGUCAAUGACAACAAUUCCUAUGUUCUCGGUCGGAUUGGUAAACACAAUAUAGUUAUUGCGGCACUACCAUUCGGGGAAUAUGGCCUGACAAGUGCGGCAACUGUAGCCCGAGAUAUGGUGCGCUCGUUUCCUAAUGUGAGGAUCGGACUGAUGGUUGGGAUCGGCGGUGGUGCACCUACAUCACUGAAUGAUGUUCGAUUAGGUGAUGUUGUUGUUGGCUCUCCUGGAUCCGGCACGGGUGGUAUCUUCCAGUAUGACUACGGCAAAACUAUACAGGAUUCAAACUUCGUCGUAACCAGGCAUCUCAACCAACCACCGCAGUUUCUCCUUACAGCACUGAGCAGCAUCAAAGGCCAGUAUACACGUCGUGGCCAUAAACUGGAGAGUGCUAUCGAUGAAGCUCUUGCAAAUAAUCCGAUUGAACUACCCGGUUAUCACAAGCCACCUUACAACUCCGACAGACUUUUUGUAUCAGCCUAUAAGCAUGCUAGAGAUGGACAGGAUUGUUUAGUCUCAUGCACCGACAGCUCGCAAUUGGUGUUCAGGGAGGAACGGAAGCAGAGCGGCCCGAAAGUUCAUUUUGGAACCAUCGCGUCCGCAAACCAACUUAUGAAGGAUGCAAUAAUCCGGGACCGCCUCUCAGCCGAAAAGAAUGUCCUUUGUUUUGAAAUGGAGGCCGCAGGACUGAUGAACCACUUCCCCUGCCUUGUUAUCCGUGGUAUCUGUGACUAUUCAGAUACUCAUAAGAAUAAGGAAUGGCAAGGUUACGCAGCCAUGGUAGCUGCGGCAUUUGCGAAAGACCUUUUACAUAACAUAGCGCCGAAUAGGGUAGAGGCCGAGAAGAAGCUCAAAGAUGCUAUUGAGACUGUCUCCGGCAAAGUGGAUGCUAUCUCCGCCACGGUCAAUCAUACACAUGGCUAUCUGCAAAACGAUGAGGCACGCGAACGCUUCAAGGCCAUCCUUAAAUGGAUGGCGGCACCUGAUGUCUCGAGCAAUUUGAACAAAGCACUCGAUACUCGCCAAGAAGGCUCUGGCCGAAAUCUUAUUACAAAUCAGAUAUACAAAACAUGGAAGAGUCAAGUGAACUCUUUUCUCUGGCUCAAUGGAAUUCCGGGGUCAGGCAAAACGAUCCUGAGCUCUAUAGUCAUUGAGGAUCUAAGAACUAGCUUUGGUCAUCAUGCAGUUAUAUAUUACUACUUCGACUUUGCUGAUGGCGGAAAACAAGCCUUCGAAAACGCUCUUCGAUCUCUCAUCUGUCAACUGUACGGCAAGUUCCAAAUUGUACAAAAGUUUUUAAAUGAUCUUUAUGACACAUGCACGAAUGGCCAAGAGCAGCCUAGCACGAACUCUCUGCAAGCUGUUUUCGCCGAGAUGGCCAGAUCAAUUGGAGAACUAUGGAUUGUACUCGAUGCUCUUGACGAAUGUUCAACAGACGAACGUUCUGCUAGAGUUCUACCCUGGAUUAAAGAGUUGUCAAACUCGAAGCAGUCUAACACUCAUAUCCUUGUCACUAGCCGACCGGAGCUUGAUAUCGAGAAAGGGAUCACAGCAUGGGAACGCAAUAAAUAUGCCACUCUUGUGGCUAACAAGCUCAUUGCGGAAGACAUAUGUGCUUACAUUAAGGCCAAAGUCAGAGGCCCCGAAAGCAAGCUCAUGGAAAGAUGGAAACAACGCGAUGAUAUUCUCAACAAGAUCGAAACCGCCCUCCUGGGGAAAGCAAACGGAAUGUAA